AUGGAGCCGUCGAGAAGUGGAAAGACAGGCAGUAGUACUCCAACGAUGCAGCUUUCAGCGACCACGGCAAGCGCAUCGGAGAAGCUCUUCAGCAUGCAGGAGCUCUUCGACGAGGUCUUCGUGUGGCUAUUCAAUAUCGUCGAGGAGGAGGCAUAUGGCGAAAAUUCUGAUUCCGAUGAGUGGUUAGUCGGCGACGAUGAGAGGUAUGCGAUGCGAGACAGCUUCCUUGCCGCCUACGUCUCGUUGAUGUGCUGUCGUCAAGUUUGCACGCAAUGGCACGCCCGGAUUUCUUCCUCAAGCAAACUGCAGCGACUUUGCUGGCGAAUCGCUGGUCCAAUACCCCAGACUACAGAAAACGAACUCCCGACAAUCGAACUGAACCCUACUCUCCCCGCGCUGGAUGCGAAAGAACACUAUGGCUUCAGGUCCUCGGCGCCGUCCAUUUUCCUCGCCAAGGGGAGGGAAUUCCUCGCUUACCUGCCCUUGGCACGCAAGGAACUCUACGCCGCCAUUCACGCCUUUCGGUCCCCAGUCUCCAUCGUGGAUAUAUUUGUCUCCUCCUAUACGGAAGACACGCCCCUUCAAUACCGAGCCGAAUCCAAGGGCCCGCCCUACUGGAAGUUUUGUGAUGCUGACGGCGAUUAUCUGCACGAGGGUUGCCGGUUGGCAACAUACGUAAACGAUACAGGCAUCACCGUCGGACAACUGGUCAUAUCGCAGAUGAGACCUUCCGGGCGUAUCCAAGUCUUACACGUAUCCUUGUCAAGUCUGCCGAGCACAUCAAGACGAAACGUUUGGCAGCUUUGGCGGCCGAAGUCGUCGACGAGUCAGUAA